GCCAAACUACCACUUCCCUCACUUUUGUUUUUUUGUUUGGUUUAAAUUCUUCCCACCCAAGCAAUGUCCAGAGAAUUUCACCAACCAUAUGAAAUGAAUCCGGAGUUUCCAAACCCAUGGAUGUGAUUGCUGCAUCCUCUCGCUCCUUCAUAACCAACCCCAGAUCAUAUUACUACUUCCUUGUUCCUUCACGCUGUAUAGUGUUUUCCCGUACAUCCCAUACCCAAUCCCAACGCUACUCUACUCGUGAAAGAUUAGCAUAUCCUCCUCACCGGAACCUUGGCCACCACCGCCGCCAAGCAAAUAUACGCCCUCCUCCGACAUCGCCACCACAUCACCGUUAAACCGGUACUCCGCACUUAUCUCUCAAUUUUCGAGCUCUUCCUCCCUCCUACGAUACCAUGACAGACGAAGUAGUCACCCCCGAUCGCUGCCAUUCUGACUCCAGCCUCAUCCUCGAGUACCAGCAGCUCUACAACCGCUAUGCAUUUUGCCUCGCCAACCUCCGCGAAUCCAUCAAAGAAGUGCAGGCUCUCGGUCAAGACAACGAAUCUCUCCGCCUCGCAAAUGCCGACUUAGUUCACCGCCUCAGUCUCCUCUCCCGAGCCACCAUCCACAACUGCCUCCUCUCCGACUUCAACCGCCUCAGAAUCAGUGGAAACGAUACUCCCUCGCCGCGCUUAUACUCUCGCGAGGCCUCACCCGCUCCGGGUCCCGAUGUCAUCCAACAAAACCGCUUCCAACGACGGCACCUCGCCGAACGAGUCUCCCUCCCUAAGAGCAUUUCCAUUCGCUCCGCCGGCUAUCUCAAGUUUAAACCCAAAUCUGCUGGAAAAUAUGAAGCUCCGACGACUCAGGCCUCGAGUCCAAACCGAGUUAACUCUCCGCCCUUACCAGAUUCGGAGAAGGCUAGGCAAAGGGUGUACGUAGCAGGGGGAGGGAGAGAGGAAGAGGCGUCGCAGUUCGAGGUGUACAACCAAGGGAUGUCCAAGACGGAGCUGUGUAACAAGUGGCAGGAGACCGGAAGUUGCCCUUUUGCUGGAAACUGUCGAUUCGCACAUGGGAUCAUGGAGCUGCGUCCGGUGAUAAGGCACCCUCGUUACAAGACUGAGGUUUGCCGGAUGGUUCUUGCUGGGGAUAUCUGCCCCUAUGGUCACCGAUGCCAUUUUCGUCACUCCCUUUCCUGAGACCUUUUAUUGCUUCUAGCUAAUACUGACUGAUCACUUAAGUUGAAAGCGGAUACAGGAUUCAUUCAUUGAUUUCUACACAUUUAUAGAUCAUUGAGAUGUACUGCUUAUUGGUACGUACUUAGCUGCUUGAUAGCUCAAGUGUUGAUUGUUUCCAUGAUGGACUAUAUAUUGUGCAAGUAUUAGUACGCAACAGUAGCAUGCGGUUUUGCAGGUCCUUAAUUCUGUUCAAUGUUGUAGAGGAGUGUUCUUAAUUUGUUGGCAUUUUCGUGUUUUUCCAUCCUAUGUUGGAGAUUUCAGUUGUACGGCAGAAGCAAUAAUGCUUUUAUUUCUUGUCAAGAGAUCAAAUUAAUAAGGUGGAUGCUGCAGACGACUGGGAAGCCCUGGCUG